AUGACAGUAACCUGUGAUGAGUGUGGGAAGGAGUUUACUGUGAAGGCUAAUCUAAAACAGCAUAAGGUCAUCCACACUGGAGAGAGACCGUUCAGCUGUGACGAGUGUGGGAAGGAUUUUACUGUGAAGGAUAAACUAAAGCAGCAUCAGGUCAUCCACACUGGAGUUAAAGCGUUCAGCUGUGACUUGUGUGGAAAGAGUUUUUCCAGAAAGGAUACUCUAAAAUCACACCAACUCAUCCACAGUGGAGUUAAAGCGUACAGCUGUGAUCAGUGUGGCAGAGCUUUUACUCACAGUAGCAGCUUACAGAAUCAUCUAGUUACCCACUCUGGAAUUAAGGCAUACAGCUGUGACAUCUGUGGAAAAACUUUCAGCCUGAAACAGAGCCGAAAUACACACCUACGCAUUCACACCGGACAUGAUGUUUACUGCUGUGAACAGUGUGGCAAACAGUUUAUAACAAACCAAAUGUUACAAUACCACAUGUUUACCCACACUGAGGAGAGACCUUAUAAAUGUGACCUGUGUGAGAAGGCUUUUAAAUCUCCAUAUGACCUGAGACGACACCAACAGAUCCACACCAGAAAGAGACUCUCCAAGCGCAGUUACUGUGAGAAGCAGAGCAACACAGAUGGAUCCAGUUCCCAGCCCUGUCAUCACUGUGGUGGUGGGACAGUAUCUCACUGUGACACUUGUGGAAAAACUUUCAGUCGGCAACAAACCCUGAAAACACAUCAACGUAAACACACUGGAGACAAACUGAAAAACUGCAAAGAAUGUGGGAGAAGCUUCACCACAUUAAGUGGAUUAAAACAACAUGAACUCAUUCACAGUGGGGUUAAAAAGUACGUCUGUGAUCAGUGUGGGUCAUCUUUCAUUACUGCAAGUGGGCUUAAAACACACAAACGAGUCCACACAGGAGAGAAACCAUACAAGUGCAGACACUGUGAAAAAAGCUUCUCACAAUCAGGUCAUCAAAACAAGCAUGAAUGUACACACAUGGAAGGAAACUACAGCUGUGAUCAGUGUGACAAGAGCUUCAGGAAUCUCAGUUCAUACUCCAAACACAAACAAUCCCACGUUACUAAUAAACUGUUUCACUGUUAUCAAUGUGCCAAAACAUUCACUAAAUCAUCUGCUCUGUGCAAACAUCAGCGUGAACACUCAGGGCUGAAAUCACUCCCAUCACAGUGAAUAUGAAGAGACAGAAAGAUCCUCUUGUGGUUUCAGGGUCAGACUCAAAACUCUUAAGAUCAGGCUCCACAGAGUUCAGAUUGAAUCUCCUGUAAAGAUCUAAUGAGGCAACUAUGAAUGAAAA